CCUCAUCCCGAAGGUGACAGUCUUUGGAGCCUUCCCUCAUCCUCUUUGGGUCCCUGGCCAGGGAGACCACUCUUGAGCUCAGCACCUCAUCACAACCAAAGGUUUAUGGCUAGGACUGAUGGAAAAAUGACUGAGGGGGCUGGCAAGAUUGCUCAGUGGGUAAGGCACUUACUGCCAAGCUUGACAACCUAAGUUCAAUCACCAGGACCCACAUAAUGGAAGUCACUUAAGAUCAUGUCUUCUCUGUAUGGACUCCCAGUCUCCAUAUCAGCCACAGAGCUGCUCCUGGCUACCGUCAUCUUCUGCAUAGUAUUCUGGGUGAUCAGAGCCUCAAGGAGCCAGGUCCCCAGAGGCCUGAAGAGUCCACCGGGGCCCUGGGGCUUGCCCCUUAUUGGGCACAUACUGACCCUGGGGAAGAGGCCUCAUUUCACACUGGCCAGGCUGAGCCAACGGUAUGGGGAUGUGCUGCAGAUCCGUAUCGGUUCCAUCCCUGUGGUGGUGCUGAGUGGCAUGGACACCAUUCGACAGGCCCUGGUGAAGCAAGGAGAUGACUUCAAAGGCCGGCCAGACUUUUACAGUUUCACCUUCAUCAGUAAUGGCCAGAGCAUUGCCUUCAGCCCAGACUCUGGACCAGUAUGGGCUGCCCGGCGGUGCCUGGCCCAGAAUGCCCUGAAGAAUUUCUCCACAGCCUCAGACCCAACUUCCACAUCUUCCUGCUACUUGGAGGAGCAUGUGAGCAAGGAGGCUGAAUACCUCAUCAGCAAGUUCCAGAAGCUGAUGGCAGAGGUUGGGCACUUUGACCCUUAUAGGUAUUUGGUAGUGUCUGUGGCCAAUGUUAUCUGUGCCAUGUGCUUUGGUCAACGUUAUGACCAUGAUAACCAAGAGCUGGUUAGCCUAGUCAACUUGAGCAAUGAGUUUGGGGAGGUGACUGGUUCUGGAUACCCAGCUGACUUCAUCCCUGUCCUCCGUUACCUGCCUAACUCUGGCCUGGAUGUCUUCAAGGACUUGAAUAAGAAGUUCUACAGCUUCAUGCAGAAGCUAAUCAAGGAGCACUACAGAACAUUUGAGAAGGGCCACAUCCGGGAUAUCACAGACAGCCUCAUUGAGCACUGUCAGGACAGGAAGCUAGAUGAGAAUGCCAAUGUCCAGUUGUCAGAUGAGAAGGUCAUUACUAUUGUUUUGGACAUCUUUGGAGCUGGGUUUGACACAGUUACAACUGCCAUCUCUUGGAGCCUUAUGUACUUGGUGACAAACCCUCAGAUACAGAGAAAGAUCCAGGAGGAGCUAGACACAGUGAUUGGCAGAGAGCGAAGGCCUCGACUUUCUGACAGACCUCAGCUGCCCUAUCUGGAGGCCUUCAUCUUGGAGACCUUCCGACAUGCGUCCUUUGUCCCCUUUACCAUUCCCCACAGUACCACAAGAGAUACAAGUCUGAAUGGUUUUUACAUCCCCAAGGGCCGUUGUGUCUUUGUGAACCAGUGGCAGAUCAACCAUGACCAGGAACUGUGGGGCGACCCUAGUGAGUUCCGGCCUGAGAGGUUUCUCACCCCCAGUGGCACUCUGGACAAGGUCUUGAGUGAGAAGGUCAUUCUCUUUGGUUUGGGCAAACGGAAGUGCAUUGGGGAGACCAUUGGCCGCUUGGAGGUCUUUCUCUUCCUGGCCAUUUUGCUGCAGCAGGUGGAAUUCAGCGUGUCACCAGGUGAGAAGGUGGACAUGACCCCCAUCUAUGGGCUGACUGUAAAGCAUGCCCGCUGUGAGCACUUCCAGGUGCAAAUGCGCUCUUCUAGAACUCAUGAACCCUAGGCUUAGACUGUUGACCUGUCCUCUCUGGGCAGCAGACCACGGGGCUGUUCUUGGGAUUUAAUUUCAAUCAGAAACACAGAUUCUGGGGGAAUUGCGCCCACCUUCUACCCUGGACUUGCCUCUUUGCAUGCUGAUUACAGACACUAGACAUGGAAGAAGUCCCACAGGCAUUCCCAAGUUGAGCAUCAACCAGGAGGCCUGAAAGAGUUAUGAAGUCCUGCCAAUGUGGUAGCACUUGCCUUUAAUUCCAACACUUGGGAGGCAGAAACAGGAGGAUCCUGUGAGACCAAGGCCACACACACACAAAUAUA